UCGACCUGUCUGUCAGUUCACGAUAAACUGGUGUCGAUUACUUGUUAUAAUGGUGCGAAAAACCAUGCCGUGUUUUGAAUUGAUGUUUCUCUUUUGGAUAUUACUAAAUGGGAUAUGUAUCAUUGGAGGAAAAGUGAAUGAUGAACUGACUUCACCAAAUCAUCGACUUUCAUCAGAAGAAUUGAAAUCAUACCUGACAAAGCUGUUGUCUCAGAACUCGUCCUUCAGAUUUUGUCCUGCUCCUAAACUGCCGUUAGAAGAGAACGAUUGCAAACUAACAACCUGUAGGACAGAUGAUGAUUGCCAAUCUACAAAUAAAAGUUGUUGUUUCAAUGGAUGCAUUUUCACAUGUGUUACCAAGAUGUCUCCUCCGCCAGUUAUUGACUGGGAUGAUGAACAUGAUGUUCCAACUCUUCGAAAAGAAGGUGAAGCUGUUGUUCGUUGCACCACAUCGCCAAGACCUGCACCUUCAGAACCGGUGGGCUGUCCAAAAGGAUAUAUCUGUAAAAUCGAUGAUUAUGGCGAUCCCAUUGAAGGUCGAUACAAUUCUGGUGUCUGUGUUCCCGAACCUUCAGCUGUGGAGAUAGGCUCAGAAAAAGAAGACCCUUCUGGAUUAAAAGAGAAGACUGGAAAAGAAACCGGAAGGAGAUUGUUGAUUUUCGGUAUUGAGAUGUCCUGUAAAGUUUCAUUCCGGAAUAAAUGGUGCUGCCAUCUGUGAAUGAAGAAAGGAACU